ACAUAGAAUUAUUAAUAUGCCCGCAUUUGUACAUAUGCGGGCUUGGCCGUAACCGGGUCCAAAGAAAAAUAUGAGUGCUCAUCGUCAUUACAGAAAAGUUGUGGCAUUUCCGGAAAAAAACUUUUACAGAUAAGGCCAACUGCCACACUUUAAAUAACUCCAAGCCACUGCUAGCCUUCAUCCUCUGGACCCGUCGCAGUUUAAAGCUAGGUUCUAAAAUACCAUUAGGGCCAUGGCAUCGAUAGCGCCCCAGUCCGAGCCCAACGGUCGGACUCGGCCAGAGCCCACGGCUCGGCCGCGGCGUGACGAGUGGAGCGAUGGCGCGAUCUCCACCUUACUCGGGGCUUACCAGUCGAAGUGGGUCCAGCGCAACCGAGCCAAGCUCAAGUCCCAGGACUGGGCUGACGUGGCACGCCACGUGUCGUCCCGAGGAGCCUCAUCCAGGGCACCUAAAACCCUGACUCAAUGCAAGAAUAAGAUUGAGUCGAUGAAGAGGCGUUAUCGAUCCGAGUCGAGCAGUGGAGCGGUUUCUACAUGGCCUUUGUUUCAUAGACUCGACUUGUUGCUUCGGUGUUCCAAGGCCGAGGCAAACGGAGAGGAGGGGAAGAUUCCGGCGAGUCAAGAAAUACCGGCGAAGAUUCCGGCGAAGUAUGAGCUUAUGUCUGAAAAGAAGAGGAAAGGGGCGGCGAGUUGGGUCAUGGAGGCUUUGAUGAGUUUAGAAGAGAGAGAAAGGAAGGCGAUGAGAGAGAUUGAGAGGGUUAGAGCUGAGCUUGAAGCAAAGAGAGUUGAGAUGGAGAAGAAGGAAACUGCAAUCAUGGCUUCGACUCAAUUGGAGAUAGAGAAGUUGAUCUCAGAUGGCCGGAAAAAUGGCCGGAAAUCGACCGGAAAAGGGAUGGCCGCUAAUUAGGGUUUCUCUCUCUUGUUUCUGGGGAUGGGGUUACCUGAUCACUCACUACUGCACAGUGGAGUUGGUAAAUGAGAAGGCGUAAGCCAUAUGUGUAUUUAUUAUGUAAAUAAAAGGCUGUCUUAAAUCUACGGCUGAGAUUGUGAUGAUCUCCAGGGACGGUGACGAUUAAUUAGGAGCACAGUGUGCUUUCAUAUUUUUAUUUUCUAAACUAAGCAGAGAAACUUCAACCGA